AAGGAAGAGAAACUCACACAGUCACUGACACUGAGAGGAGAAAUGGCGCAGAAAGGAGUUCAGCUGGACCAAGAAACCUUCUCUUGUUCCAUCUGUUUGGAUCUACUGAAGGAUCCGGUGACUAUUCCCUGUGGACACAGCUACUGCAGGAACUGUAUUAAAGCACACUUUGAUGAAGAGGACAGGAAGGGAAUCCACAGCUGCCCUCAGUGCAGGAAGACGUUCACACCGAGGCCUGUCCUGGAGAAAAACAUCAUGUUAGCUGAGUUGGUGGAGCAGCUGAAGAAGACUGGACUCCAAGCUGCUCCAGCUGAUCACUGCUAUGCUGGACCUGAAGAUGUGGCCUGUGAUGUCUGCACUGGGAGGAAGCUGAAAGCCAUCAAGUCCUGUCUGGUGUGUGUGAUCUCGUACUGUGAGAAACACCUCCAACCUCACUAUGAUGCAGCUCCAUUAAAGAAACACAAGCUGGUGGCCCCCUGCAAGAAGCUCCAGGAGAACAUCUGCUCUCGUCAUGAUGAGGUGAUGAAGAUUUUCUGUCGUACUGAUCAGCAGAGUAUCUGUUAUCUCUGCUUGAUGGAUGAACAUAAAGGCCAUGAAACAGUCCCAGCUGCAGCAGAAAGGACUGAGAAGCAGAAGGAGCUCGAGGUGAGACGACUAAACAUCCAGCAGAGAAUCCAGGAGCGAGAGAAAGAUGUGAAGCUGCUUCAACAGGAGGUGGAGGCCAUCAAUGGCUCUGCUGAUAAAGCAGUGGAGGACAGUGAGAAGAUGUUCACUGAGCUGAUCCGUCUCAUCCAGAAAAGAAGCUCUGAUGUGAAGCAGCAGGUCAGAUCCCAGCAGGAAAUUGAAGUGAGUCGAGUCAAAGAGUUUCAGGAGAAGCUGGAGCAGGAGAUCGCUGAGCUGAAGAGGAAAGACGGCGAGCUGGAGCAGCUCUCACACACAGAGGAUCACAACCAGUUUCUACACAACUACCCCUCACUGUCAGCACUCAGUGAGUCUACACACUCAUCCAGCAUCAAUAUUCGUCCUCUGAGGUACUUUGAGGAUGUGACAGCAGCUGUGUCAAAGACCAGAGAUAAACUACAGGACAUUCUGAGAGAGGAAUGGACAAACAUCUCACUGACAGUCACUGAAGUGGAUGUUUUACUGUCACCACCAGAGCCAAAGACCAGAGCUGGAUUCUUAAAAUAUGCAUGUGAAAUCACACUGGAUCCAAACACAGCAUACACACAUCUGUUAUUAUCUGAGGGGAACAGAAAAGUAACAUUUAUGAACCAACAACAAUUUUAUUUUGAUCAUCCAGACAGAUUCACUGGAUGUUAUCAGGUCCUGAGUAGAGAGAGUCUGACUGAAUGUUGUUACUGGGAGGUGGAGUGGAGAGGGAGAGGUGUUUGUGUAGCAGUCACAUUGAAGAAUAUCAGCAGAAAAAUGGGCCUAAAUGAUUGUUUUCUUGGAUACAAUGACAAAUCUUGGGCAUUACGUUGUGACGCAAACAGUUAUAAAUUUUGGCACAACAAAGUCCAAACUGUCCUCUCAGGUCCUCGGUCCUCCAGAGUAGGAGUGUACCUGGAUCACAGAGCAGGUAUUCUGUCUUUCUACAGCGUCUCUGAAACCAUGACUCUCCUCCACAGAGUCCAGACCACAUUCACUCAGCCGCUCUAUGCUGGAAUUCGGUUUUGUCACUCUGAUGGAGACACUGCAGAGUUGAUUAAAGUCAAAUAGAGAAGACAGGUUCAUGUUGAUUCCUGACCAUUAUAUGUACUUGUGUAGUUUCUAAAUGAGGCUUUACAUUUUAGAAGCUGAGAAGUUCAGUGGUCCAUUGAUGUGUGAAAAUAAUAUUGCACUGAUUCAAACUGUACUUACAUUUAUAUACAUUACAUCAAUAUAAAUCUGAAUUUGUUCUUAUGGCUGAUAACCAUGGCACAACCUCAAUUCCAAUGAAGUUGAGACAUUGUGCCACAUCUUUUUCAUCUCAAUUCAGAACCAAGAAAUUCAAGGUCAUCCAUGUCUUUAUGUCUUUAAGGCAUUCCUGCAGUUAAUUAAUUGUUUUUGCCAUCUAGUGCUGUGGAUAGAUAAAGAUGGGUUACAUCUGCAUAGCAAUGAAAAUAUAUGACAUGCCUCCGAAUCAUACUGCGUAUAUAAUGUAAACAAAGUACAUUUAAACUUUUUAAAUAUAAAAACAAAUAACACGGACCUACAUAUUGUGGAGAAUAGAAAUGUUUAUUUGCCCUAAGCUGAGUCCUUUAAAUAGUUUAAUCUGACUGAAUGUGCAGCUGCUGUACAGAGACAGAGUGGGUUAAGUUUGAACAGUUUCUGUUUUAAAACUUGGAAUGUUUGGCUGUACAUGGAAAUAUUUAUUGUGCACUCACACAAUUUUGAUUCUUUCUGCGUGGAAAUAGUAGCUUUUGACUUUGUGGUGUUUGAAAUGAGGGAAGAUACAAAAGUAAAAUGUGUAGCAAACAUGUGACAGAAUUAUACAAUGGAAUGACCAUAAAAAUCCCAAAACUGACCUUGACCAUAAAAUUGACAAAUAGACUUUAAUAAUGCAUUUCUGUGCUCAGCAAGUCACGAUGAACCUGAAAACUGAUUAAUAACACAAGAGAUGCACCUUCAUCCUGCUAAAAGGGAUGGAGUGUAGGUUAAGGUAGCUCAGCUCAGAUUGUCCACAUGUUUUGCAUUCUGAUAUGUUUUCAGGCUGAUUAAAGCCUAAAUAAUAAAGUGCAUUGUGUCAUUAAUCAUGGUAAUCUGUAUCAGAAUUUCAGAAAUGUGUCUGUCCUGCACCUGGUGAAAUCUGUCAUCAAAUCAGAACAUUAACAGUGUAUUAAACACAUACUGUGUAUCAUGUCAUCAGGAAUGUUUUUGACACGAAUUAUAAGACACUAGUGAUUUUAAUGU